AUGCUUCCAAGCCUUCUCUCGUGUGUUCUGAGUGUCGGGGCUCUGACAGCCUCGACGUUGGCCCAAGGGUCAGAGACAGACCCGGCACCAUUCACCACCUUCGGUCAACGGAUCAUCUACGACCCCCCCGAGGGCCACAGGGCUUCGUACCCACGACAUAUCGAACUAGAGGAUGGAACUCUCCUGGUUACUAGCACAGUUCUCGGGUCCAACUUCUUCACCCCCUCUGCAGCCUUCCCCGUGUUCGAGAGCAAGGAUGGCGGCGUGAACUGGGAAUGGGUCUCCAACAUCACUGACCAAGUCAAUGGCUGGGGGAUGUCUGCUCAGCCAGCAUUGCUUGAACUGACGGCUCCUUUGGCUGGCUUCGAGGCUGGCACUAUUCUGGCGUCAGGAAACAGCUGGAGCGCCAACGGCACCCGUAUCGACUUGUAUGCGUCGACAGACAAGGCUCGGUCCUGGUCCUUUGUGUCAAAUGUCGCUGCUGGCGGCAGGCCGAACACCACAAACGGUGCUGACCCUAUCUGGGAGCCCUUCCUCUUGGUCCACAACGACGAGCUGAUCGUCUACUACUCGGACCAGCGCGACCCUCUUCACGGCCAAAAGCUGGCUCACCAGCGAUCAACUGAUCUGAAGACAUGGGGUCCUGUGGUGAAUGACGUUGCGUAUGACGAGUAUCUGGCCCGGCCCGGCAUGACUGUCGUCGCCUACAUCGCGCCCUUGAAACAGUGGAUUCUAGUGUAUGAGUUCCCGGUUGGCAACUCUUCAUCCCACGGCGUCAACUAUCCCGUCUACUACCGUCUUGCACCGGACCCAACCAAGUUCGACGAGGCGCCUGGGAUUCCGAUUGUCAUUGAAGGCAAGGUCGCGCCGAACGCGUCGCCUUAUGUGGUCUGGUCGCCUUACCCCGGCGGCAACGGCACCAUCAUUGUGAGUGACGCGGAUCGGGAUGAGCUAUAUUCGAACCAGUUUGGUGGUGAUCCCGACAAGUGGGAGAUGCACCCUUGCAGCCAACCCAGUGCCUACUCCAGGGCGUUGCAUGUGUUCAACAAGUAUCCGGAGCACCUGAUGGUUCUCGGCGCGGCCAUCUUCGACGGCGGGCCUGAUGAGCUGAGCUUGAGUGUGUUAAGCUUGCCCGAGUUGUUGAAGAACAAGGUCAAUAUCGAUGAGUGGCUUGCUGGCCAAAACAAGACACAGCCUGGAAACGAGUAG